UAAACAUGCUUGGCGAUUGUGCGUUGUUAAAAAAUAUAAAAUGUUCACACAAAGUCCUGCUGUCACGAUUGGCAGUUAACUACAUUGACUUGACAACAACUUUAAAAUACUCUCAAGUUUGACCAAAACAAAAUUGCACCUUGAGAAGUCUGCAAGUGUUAAAAUCUUGAGUUUAAUUCUUUUUUGUUUCCAAAACCCUGGUGAUCAUUGAAGUGAUAGCGAAUGUAGAUUGUAGUGUCUUUUUCAAAUUGUUAAAUAAACUGUAUUGUAAACAUGUCGUCGAGUGAACACGAUAUGAGUGAUGUAUCAAACUUGGAGUCUCCUUAUUCUCGUGGGUCUCAGUAUUCACCAUAUUCAUCACCAACACGUAUGGUUCCCAACCUGGCCAAUGGAUUUACGGAACUGAGGUGUGACGAUGGUUAUACAGAUAAUAAGCCAUAUCUCAAAAUUAUUGAACAGCCCAUGGAUUACUUUAGAUUUCGGUAUAAAAGUGAAAUGUUGGGAACACAUGGUUGUUUGCUUGGAAGGAACUCAGUUUCAGGAAAACUGAAGACACAUCCAACUGUUGAGCUAUGCAACUAUACAGGUAGUGCAAUAAUAAGAUGUAAUCUGGCCCGACAUAAUGAUGCCACAGAUCAUCCACAUAAACUUACAGAUGAAGACCAAGAUAGGGAGGUGUUCAGUAAUGUUCCAACACAAGGCUCUUAUAAAGUUGGAUUCAAUGGUAUGGGUAUAAUACACUCUGCAAAGAAAGAUAUACCUACUUUAUUAUACAAGAAGUAUUCGCAAGAUAUGGAACAAUCUGAAUUUAAUGAACGCAAGUUGCGCAUGCGCUGCGAGGCAGAAACGAAAAAUAUUAACCUGAAUAUUGUGAGGCUCAAGUUUACUGCACAUGAUGUUAACUCUGGUGAACUGUUGUGCCCUCCAAUUUUCUCUGAUCCCAUUCACAAUAUGAAAAGUGCAGCAACCAAUGACCCAAAGAUAUGCCGAGUCAGUAAAAGAUUUGGCAAGGCCAAGGGGGGAGACCAGGUUUUCAUAUUUGUGGAAAAAGUCAGCAAAAAAAAUAUUAUGAUACGUUUCUUUGAAUUGAACGAAGAUGGGGAGCGGGAUGGGAUGUGGGAGAAGUUCGCCAGUUUUCAAACGUGCGAUGUUCAUCACCAAUACGGUAUCGUCUUUACAACACCAGCAUAUCGUCCAACUUCGAAAAACGUGAAAGUAUUCUUCGAGUUGCUGCGACCGUCCGAUGGUCGUACCAGCGAACCCAAAGAGUUCCACUACAUAGCUGACUUCUGCAGCAGAGAGAAGAAAAGAAAGGCUGAGUCUUCUUACUCUUCUAUUAGCUCAGGUGGCUCAAUUAAAAGCAUCAGCGAUUUGCCGCUGACAAUCGACUUUGUUAACCAGCCGAACAAGGAAAUGGAAAUAAAUGAAAUUCCAGUUUUGCCGAAAAUCAGUUAUGUACCACCCACCCCUCCAUCAAACUUGGAUGUUAUGAUGGGAGACGCACUCCUAUACAACGUGUCUCAGCCGGCAGCGCCGCACUACGAGAGUCCUAUGCUGGGCCAACCAAAUGUGCCGCCUCCACCAGUCAUACAACUCGACUCGACUGAAAUGAACCGCCUGCUUGAAGACUGUCCUCACAUACCGUCUGAAGAACGCAAACGAUUUUUGGAUUCGGACUUAAGUGAAUACUUCCGGUCAUUUGACGAACACCUGAGCCAGCCGGGAGAUAUUCAUGGGAUGUCAUUUAUCAGAAGCGCUUCAUUAGUGGCUGAUUCCGCACGACCGGUUGUCCGAAACAAAUGCGAUAUCAAAGAUGAUCCUGCAAAGAAGAGUCAUGAAAGUAUUCGGAACAAAACUGAGUAUUCAGCGGUCUACAGCACUGAAGAUGGGAAGGAAGUUAAAAUGUUGGUAAAAGAACUUUGCGAAAUAAUAAAAAGUAAAAAUACCACAAAACGCCAAAUUUUAAAGGAGAAACUCAGAAGACUCUUCGAUCUGAGACUUGACAAUGGAGAUGCAUUUUUACAUAUGACAUUAUGCAGUAACCAGCCCAGUUUGCAAUUCAUAGUCAAACUGAUUCAUGACUUAAAAAUUACUAGUUUGCUGAACAUUCAGAAUGACCGGAUGCAAACAGUACUCCAUCUGGCAAUCAUCAAUAAUCGAGAAAAUCUAAUACCGUUUCUCAUUUCAAAUGGUUGCAACCCGAUGUUGGAAGAUGAGGAGGGCAACAACGCGAUUCACUACGCAGUGAUUUGCCGCAAUUGUCUUGUGCCACUACUUAACGAAAUCGAAACCGCAAAUGUGUCUGUUAAUAUUAAUGCAUUUAAUUACGAUAAGCAAACAGCGCUGCAUUUAAGCGCUAUAUACGGCUGUGAGAAGAGCGCUAGAUUGCUGCUUAAAGCGGGAGCCAUCAGCACAGUACGGGACAGCGAGGGACGUACACCGCUGCAUUUAGCGGCGUCGAAUACUAGCAGUGGGCUGGAAGUAGUCAAGUGCUUAGUGGAAUAUAUGAAACCGAGCGAUAUUGACACCGUAGAUGGGCGUGGUCACACGGCGCUUCAAGAUGUAUGCGAUUCGCUUCUCGGACCUCACUCGCUGCAGAUAGCAAAAACAUUGUUAGAUAACAAGGCGGACCCCACGAAAUGCGAUACGUCAGGUGCCAUGGCCUUCAAACUGGCGAAGAAUAAGCCAGAACUGAUGCAGUUGUUACGUCAGUAUGCAACGUGUUCCGAGGAUGACAUCAAAUCGGAACCGGAGGAUUAUGAAUCCGCUGAUGAAGGGGUGACAAGCGAGCUAUCCGACCUUUCGCAGUACGUCCAUGAAGUGGCAGCUAUUUUGGAUAGAAGCGGGGGUUGGCGGGAGUUAGCCAAACGUCUGCAUCGGGACGCAAUGAUGAAGUUCUUUGAAUCGACACCUAGUCCCACCACAACUUUACUUAAUAACAUAAAGGAGCUGAACGAUGACGUCACAUCUCGAUCAUUGGCUCUCUUAUUAGAUGACAUGAGCGAGAAGGAUGCAGCCGCCAUUAUUAAAAGUCGUAUGAUUGAGUAAAAUUCUCAAUUAACAGAUAAAAAUCUUUUAAUGAGGUUGCCAGUCGAUAGUUAUUACUUAGCCAUAAUGAAAUAAUUGCUUUUGAUUAGAAGCAUUUAUUGAAACUUGUGAAGCGCUCCGUAUAGUAUAUAGUAAUAGAAUUCGUUUUUAAUAUCACAAGAUACAUGCGUACUGAAACUAAUAUUAACUUUUGACGUAUACGUAUACGAUUGCAAAUCUCGUUAGUUACGUUCGUGCUUUGGCCCCUGUAACUUUACCAUGAAUGAUGAAGUAUCUUACGCAAUAUGAUACGCUUGUGUCAUUUAUAUGACAUUUGUAUUAUUCACCGCUAGAGUUGGCGUAGAUCUCAUUUGGUGACGUACAGUACAGAUUACAGAACUGAUCUCAUGACAGAUGAACUAAAUUUAGCAUUUAUGGUUAUAAAUGUCAAAUAAAUGAUAUUGACAAUUUACACAAUGACAUGGUAUACUCUUGCAUUGUCAACAGGUCGUACUUUAUUAGUAAAUCGCAUUGGCAUUUAAAAAUUCUCUUACCAACUCCGGUUUAUAUUGUAAUUAAUAUAAAAAAAAUCUAUUGUAAUUAUAAUUAAUGUUAUUAUUUGUAAUUGAACGUGAUUUUAACUUAUUAGUCUUUCCCAGAUUCGGACAGCUAAAAUAUUAUUUUGAUUAAAAAAAGGUAAUUAAAUUCUUAUAAACGAAUACGACAAAUUACGUAUUUUGUAUUAAUUGUAAAACAGUGUCUUGUGAUUUUAGUAUGUAACAAAGUUACUAUUUCUUUUUUUUAAAUUUUAAAUUUAUAUUUAAGUUAGAGCGUAGUUUGGCUUGCUAUUAUCAGCGAGGUUCUGUGUUCGGACCCCAGCGUGCACCAGGAAAUUCUAAGUGCGCAAUUAACAUUUGCGCUGUGAAAAAUAAUGACCAAAAAUCGAGGAGUACGGAAGGCUGAUAAACUGCUUCAGAAAUCAAGAAGUGCGACUGAAUUAUUUUAGUCAAGACUUUUCUCCUUUGUAAUAAAAGUGUCAGUCUAAUUGCGUGGUUUUGACUAAGUUACUUUUUUCUCUUUUUAUCACAGCGUAAACGCUUUUAACAGAAAGAGACGAGAGAGUAGACUUU